UCUCUUGGCAGUCACCCUCCACAGAGCCUUCUCUUGGCAGUCACCCCUGUGCAGCUGUGAAAUUGAAAGCUCCGCCCAUUGGAUCCAUUAGUCCCGCCCACUGCAUGAGUGACUGAGGGGAAGGGCCGCCCGGUGUGUACAGGAAUGGUCGGGGGUUAUGUGGACUGUCACUGCCAUAUGACAGCCGAGGAGUUCGCACAGGAUACAGCGGAUAUACUGGAAAGAUCAAGAAAGGCAGGAGUCCGGGCUCUUGUAUCGGUAACAGAACACGCCGGAGAGCUGGAAAGUCUUCUACGUCUUUCAGAAAGGUACCCCAAUUAUGUUAUGCCGUGUUUUGGCGUGCAUCCUAUCCAGAGUAAAGCAGAAGGGUAUCGCAGUGUGACACUGCAGGACCUGGAACCUGUUCUUGAAAAGUUUGAAAAGUACAAAGACCACCUCGUCGGCAUUGGAGAAAUUGGGUUGGACUUCACGCCCUGGCUCACUCCCACCGCCAAAGAGAGAGAAGAGCAGCUGAAGGUUUUUCAGAUGCAACUCGACAUUGCAAAACAAUUGGACUUACCUGUGUCAGUAUACAGCAGACCCAGUGCAAACGCUUCCUCUGAGCUAAGUGUGACUCCAACAGAAGUGAAUUGGGAGAGUCGGGAAAUGUCCAUUCUCGUUCAGCUGGAAGACAGACGGUGGCUUUUCUUAAGGAACAAGGUGCUCAGAAGGUUUUACUGCACAAUUUCGCCGGUCGCCCCUCAGUUGCUUUGGAGGGAGCACAGGCCGGAUAUUUCUUCUCCUUUCCCCCAGCAGUCACAAAUAACGAUCAGGAAAGGAAUAUCCCGGCCAAUAUCUUCAUCCCCUGUGAAUACAUUGCUCGUGUGAAGGGCCUUUCAUCGGAGAAAGUCUGCGAGGUGACAGCACAUAAUGCUUUCCGGCUUUUUCCAAAGAUUUGUCACAGGCUGAGUAUUGACAGCCCAUCCUUAGGAUAGCCCAUAAACCUCAGGUCCCUGCCAGUCAGCUCCAUGAAGGGGCCGCGGUCCGCGUCCCUGUCAUUGUUUACCAAGCACAGCGCCACACUUUUGAUAGUGGUUCUGCCUGGAAUUGCAUCUCAGUACGAAUGGUGCAGAUGGGACUGAGCUGCAAUACCAGGCACAGUCACAACCAAAAGCGUGGCGCUGAGCCUAGCGAACAAUGAAAGGGAUGUGGCGUUUGCUAGAGCGAUGUGGUCCUUUUAACCCCUUAACCAAGCCAGUGGUAGUGAAGUUUUGUUUAUUUUUCCUCUGCAGGACAAUUUGUAAUUUUUAAUGGCUUCAUGUAAUGUUCCAUUUAAUGUACUGAGAAACUGCCAAAAAAAAAGAAUUGUGGCUGAAAUGAAAAAAAAACACCCCACAAUUCUACCAUUGUUUUUUAGGUUUUGUUUUUACAGCGUUCACAAUGCGGUAAAAUAGACCUAGUAACUUUAUUCUGCGGGUCAGCGCGAUUGCGUCAAUACCAAAUUUCAAUAGUUUUACUGCUUGUAAACAAAAAUUGGUUUGUGUCCCCAUAUUCUGACACCCAUGACUUUUUAUUCUUCCAUUGACGGUGUGUUUUCGUUUGUAUUGGUACUUCAUUUUUGGCUGCACACAACUUUUUGAACAUAUUUUAUUUAAUAUUUUUCAGCAGAGGCAGUGUGACCAGG